UUCCUUUUCCCUUCAGAAAAGGGCAAGCCUCUCAGGGAUAGCAACCAAACAAGGCAUAUUCAGUUGCGACAAAACUAGGCACCUCCCCUCAUAAGGACUAGGCAACCCAGUAGGAGGAAGAGAUCCAAAAGGCAGGAAUCAGAGACGUGCUCCCUCUCCCACUGUUGGGAGUCCUGCUAGAAGAUCAAGCUACACAAUCAUAAUAUAUAGGAUAUACAUUAUACGCCUAGGGCCGAACCGUGCAGGGUCCUGGUUGCCACUUCAGUCUCUGUGAGUGCCCUAUGAGCCCAGGUCAGUUAAUUCUGUAGGUUUUCUUGAGGUGUCCUUGACCCCCUCUGGCUCCUCCCUCUUCCUCCACCUCUUCUGCUUAAAGAUUCCCCAAGCUCCGCCGGAUGUUUGGCUAUGGGUCUCUACAUCUGUUUCCAUUGGCUGCUGGGUGAAGCCUCUCUAAUGACAACUGUCUACAAGUAUACCAGAUUUGUUUUGUUCUGGGUUGUUUGUUUGUUUGUUUGUUUUGCCGUUGUGUCUCUGAGCUAUCCAGCCUCUGCUUCGCGGCUCUCCACACAGUGUCGGGGGUGGCAUAGGUCUUAAGAUAAACCAGUCAUUGAUUGGCCACUCCCACAAUUUCUGUACCACCUUUAACCCAGCACAUCUUGCUGGCGAGACAAAUCAUAGAUAGAAGGUUUUGUGGCUGGGUUAGUGUCCCAGUCCCUCCACCGGAAGUCUUGCCUGGUUACAGGAGAUGGCCCGUUCGGGCUCUAUGUUCCCUACUGCUAAGAGUCUUCGCUUAUGCAAGAUAUUCUUGUAAGCAGAGUGUGAAGUUAAUCACCGAUAACCAAAGGUUUGCUAACGCAAAGGAAGAGCUUUCAUCACUAGGGGAACGGGAAGUCUCGGCGACAAGCUCAAGAGAGAAUGGCUGUCUCAAGGGCUCCAGCACCCGACUCCGCCCGUCAGAGGAUGGUCUGGCUGUUUCCUCUUGUCUUCUGCCUCGGCUCAGGGAGUGAAGUUUCACAAAGCAGCUCAGACCCCCAGGUCGUGAAUGGUGUUCUAGGGGAGUCUGCAGUUUUCCCUCUAGAGCUUCCUGCAGGGAAGAUGGCCAGUGUCAUCGUCUGGAGUUAUGAAGAAGCAUCACAUGUCACUGCAAUCCUCAUCAUCCGCCUAAAUGACUCUGAAAAACCACAAAUCAUUAACACUGAUCGAAAGAGGGAGAAGAGGCUGCACAUCACCCAGUCCUACUCCUUGAAACUCAGCAAUCUUAUCAUGGCAGACACAGGAUCAUACACUGCACAAAUAACCACAAAGGGCUCCGAACCAAAUAUGCUCUUCAAAUAUGCUCUGAGGGUCUUUGACCGGCUACAUAGCUUAGAAAUUGCCAACCAUACUCUCCUGCUAGAGAAUGGGACCUGCCAGAUGCACCUGGCCUGCCUUGUGAAGAAUCCAAACCAGACUGUCUCAGUUGAGUGGCAAGCCGCAGAAAACAACAUCUCUUUAGGGGAACCAAAUGUCACUAUCUCUUGGGACCCAAGGAAUUCCAGUGACCAGACUUACAUCUGCAGAGCUGAGAAUGCUGUUAGCAAUUUGUCAGUCUCCGUCUCUACCCAGAAUCUCUGCAAAGGUGUUUUAACUAAUACACGCUGGAAUACAGUAUGGCUUGCAAUUACAAUUUCAAUAAGCAUGGCUGUGCUUAUACUCAUCUUUGUAUGUGUGGGCAUAUAUGUUUGGAGGAGAAGAAGAGGUUCUCUUCCUUUGACCAGCCAACAUGCAGCCAUAGAUUCCUCUCAUAGCACAGACACUCCAGGCUCUCCAGGGAACACUGUGUACGCACAAGUCACUCGUCCAGUGCAGGAAAUGAAAAUCCCAAAACCUAUAAAAAAUGACUCCAUGACAAUUUACUCCAUAGUCAAUCACUGCAGAGAGGAAACAGUGGCUUUCAUCAACUGUAACCAACCCACUGCCCUGAAGGUAAACACCUUAACCAACUGUAACUAACCCACUGUCCUGAAGGAAAAGCCCUGCAGUGACAUGAGGAAAUUAAACAAUGCUGUCACCCCAGCUCUGGCUUAGAUUAAUGAAAUCAGUGUCUCUGGAGAUUGAACGCUGCCAUUCGCAUUUUUCAAAUGCUUUCUAGGUGGUAUGGUGAGAUGCCACAGGGCUAAGAGCCUUUAGAGCAGGGUGGUGUGACUAGGAAUACAUAAGGUAGAAAGUCUGGAGUAGUAAAAGUAUCACUGAAAGGGACAAUGAACCAAAGAGAAGUGGGAUAAAAUUGCGUCACGUGGUGUAGUUCUGUGAUUUCUUUUGGUUGGGGAUUGAAGGGGCCUGGAAGUUGGCACAGACAAACUCAAACACCAAAUUCUCAGCACAAAGGAGAUUUGUUACCCCUGAGGAACAAGCAGAUUGACUGGGGGGAGGCGGGGAAAUGCCUCUGAAUGGGACAAAGACAGCAACAGGUGUUUUUACAGGAGUGGCUUUUAAGGAGAAAGGGGGAAGAAGUCUGUGCUAGAGCAAGUUGCUACAGAUGAAUACAGACAGAGCACAGGAAGUCCUGCCUCAGGGCCACUGGAUAGGCCUUUCAUCUUGGGUUUCAAGGUAAAAAGACGAAUGGGCUGAAAGGUGAUUUCUCUAAUAUAUAUAAAGCAAGUGUGACCCCUGCCCUUCUUCUUCCCUGAGACCAGCCAAAGAUGCUUUCUGUGGAAAGGGAGGAGAACACAUUGCAGUUAUCAUGUUCUAACUAACAGAUCACUGGAAUGAGUGACAAUGGCCAAUGCUUUCUUAUCCCUUACUCCCAGCCUGCAGACCCCUCUGAAGUUGCACUCCUCAGAUACAUGAGUGUUGAGGCUUCGUCUGUUGCUAUGUACCAUAAUAAUAAAUUCUGUAUGGGAAGGUCUAGUUGCCUAUGAGUGAAUUUUCAGUUACCAGCUUUUGUUGUACAAACUUUGUUCCUUAAAUAAAAAUGGUACAGACAAUUACUGGAGGGAUUAGAGCUAGGUGAGUUUUGAGUUAGCCUGGUUGUGUGUUACAGAGGGAGAGGGAGAAGGAGGACACAGGAGAGAGGAGGAGGCCACCGUGAGAGGAGGUGGACCAUGAGCACAUGACCAAGAGAAACAGCAAGUAUCUGGGGUACACUGCUGAGGAAGUAGUCAGUCCAGCAGUUAGAAAAAUAGAUUAGGGGUUACCCACCCAGUGAUUAUCAAAGCCAAAAAAUAAAAAUAAAAAAAAUAAAAAUAAAAAAACAUAGUCACAGUCGGAGUCUCUCAUUUGUAAGCCUGACAGGGAUAAGUUGAAAUUGAUUCAACUACACAGGGGUUUUUCCUUGGCAUGCCUGUAUCUCUGCAGCUCUUAAAUGGCAAAACCCCACAGUAUUAACUUUACCUCCUAGGUUUCAUUUAUUCACAUCUAUUUUUUAUGGUCUGCUGCCUUCUCCUUACCUUUCCCCAGCUGGUCUUCCUUUACAAUUCCUGACUUGUUUAACUAUGUUCCGCUGACAGGCUCCUUCUUGGAUAGCUCAUUAUCGCCCUAAAUUCUGUGUAUCUCUCUCCAGCGUUCAUUUCUAUGCACAAAUAUGAAUGAGUCUCUCUUGUUUUUCCAGACAGGGUCUCACUAUGUAGCUUCUGGAACUCACUAUGUAGACCAGGUUAGCCUCAAACUCACAGAGAUAUGCCUGUCUCUGCCUCCUGUGUGCUAGGACUAAAGGCAUGAGCUGCCACACCUGGCCCAUAAAAAAGUCUUAAUAAAACAGUCAAAGACGAAUGUCUGUGUCAAAACCCAUCUCAGGAUCUUACAACAAUUCGAUCCACAGGGAGAACUCAAAGAAAAUAAUUGGAACACCUAACUUCUUGAGAGAGAGAUUUUCAUGAGAGAGAGAACACAAGAAAGGAUCCUGCCUAUAGUGCAUUUUGACAGGGCCUAGAGAAAGGACUUGGGCAUAUCAGUGGAUUUCCUGUGACCGUUCCAUGAAUAUGUCAGCAAUCUAGCAUUUCCACCAGCCUGCCUUCAGGAAUGUAGUGCAGCUUACAUCAUCACCCACAGCAAAGUUUAACAAGUGCGACAGGCAUGGUGCGUGAAAGCACCCUCCCCCCAGAUCUCUCCCUCAGUCCGGGUCUGUCUUGUUCUCCUGUUUCCUCCUUGUCUCAUUCAUUCUAUCUCAUUCCCUGUCUUGUUCUUUCUCCCUCUGCCUGUUUGUCUCCAUAAACCUCUUACACUAGAUAUGUUGUGUGGCAUACUUUCUUAGCAGCACACCUUGGCAUGGCCUUCAAGGGUACCCCCCACACUCGCCACACUAUCUUAUCAGUAUAAAUAUAUCAGGUUUUGGUCAUAUUCAAGUAUUCCCUUUCCCUGGACUUUUCCUUACUCUCCCUGAAUUGUCCCUCAACUACUACGUGUAAGAGUAUGAUCUUUUUUUAUUAAUCUUUAUAAAAUAUAAAUGACCUGGGUAUAAUAACAUAUACCUGUAACCUCAACACUUGGGAGAUAAAGUCGAGAAAAUCAGAAAUUCAAAACCAGCCUAGAUUACAGGACUGGUGAUGUGUAAGAAUCACCCAGAUGGUACUGGUUUUGAAGGUGUGAAGGCGUCAUGAAGAGCAGCUGAGGCUCAGCACUGUGAGAAGCCAGGGAAGGCCAUUAGUGAAGGUGCAGCCUCAGUUGCAGUUGACAGCCCAGGACUGGAGAGGUCGUGCAAAGAAGCUGAGCCUUGGCACCAUGAGGAGAGCCUAUGAGAAGCUAUUGGUGAAGCCUAGUUGUUGUAGAAGACUCCAGAGAAUUAGAAAUGCCAGUACCGUGGAAUGAUCACAAAGAACAGCAGCAGCAGUGGCGUGGAGUCAACCAGAACCUAGAAUGCUACAGAGGGCAGAGCUGGAAAAGUGACCCAAGCCCUUUGGAGGAGCUCAGAAGAUCAUGUGUGGAUCCCAGACAUUGGAACAGGAAGCUGUGAGGUUGAAGUUGCCUUCGAUACCCCACAAUGUUAGAGAUAUCAGAGCCAUGGGAUAGCUACUAAGGAAAGUGGCUAACAGGGAAUGGAACCAGCCCAAGAACAUGAAGUUUGUUUCUGCUAAGUGCCAGAUCUGUCAACAGCAGUCAACAAGGAUGAAAGGAGUUGGAGAUCUGAAGAGUACCUUGACAUCAGACAUGGAAACAUGGAGUUUGACCAACUGGUUUUUGCUCUUGCUUUGGUCCAGUAUUUCCUCUCUGUGAUGUUUUGGAAUGGGAAUGUACAUCCUGUGCCAUGAUAUGUUGGAAGUAUGGGAUCUGAUUUUUUUUUAUUUUGAUUUUAUAAGGGAUUACAGUUAAGAGAUUGCAUGAAUUUCAGGACAGACUUUGAACUUUGGAAUUUUAAACAUUGAUGAGACUAUUGUAGACUAUGGGGUAUUUUGAAGUUGGACUAACUGUAUUUUGCAUUAUGCUGUGACCCCCUUAGACUCAUGUGUUGGAACAAGCCUGAGGACCAGGGAAUGGAAUAUGGUGGUUUGAAUAUGCUUGGCCCAUAAGGUGUGCUACUAUUAGGUGUGACCUUUUUGGAGGAAAUCUGUCACUGUGUGACUCCUAUGCUCAGGUUCUACUCCUUGUAGAAAAGAGCUUCCUCCUGGAUGCCUGGUUGCCUUUGAAUCAAGAUGUAGACCUCUCAGCUCCUUCUCCAGCACCAUGUCUGCCUGCAUGCUGCCAUGCUUCCUGCUAUGAUGAUAAUGAACUAAACCUCUGAAAACUGUAAGCCAGCCCCAAUUAAAUGUUUAUCUUUUUAAGA